GUCUGUCACAUUUCACGCUGACACCAAGCGAACACUGGGCGCAUACACACACAUUCGCAUACACUCACACGCUGGGCUCACCAUAUUAUCGACAGAUCCGAGUCAGGAGUACAGUCGAGGAGAGCACAUUGAAGUGGCUAAAGAGCUUCUUCUGUGAGAGGAAACCGGAGGAAAAACGCAGAAAAAGAGAAACAGAGGAAAUCCCCCGAAAGGAAAUGCCAAUCGCAGCCGCUGGACAGCCAACGACUCAGGAGCCUAGAGUGUGCCCCCGGCUGCCCUCCACCCCGGAGCCUGUCCCUAAAGGGGCUGAUUUAUUCGACGAGGCGGGGGCGGCGGAGUCGGCGGAGCGAACAGAGUACGGGGGCGCGGAGGGGGGCAGAGGACUCGGGGGCUAUAGUUACAGCCAGAGCGGCGCUAGGGGCUUUGUACAGCCCGGAUCCACCAACGGCUCUCCGCCACAGUCCCCAGCCGCGUCCUCCUCUUUUCUCUUCCAUCCACUUCACCACCCCCACCAAAUGGCCAUGGAGCCCCCAAGGACUCGAUCGCGUUCUCGGUCUGGAUAUUACCAGCAGUACGGUGGUGGGAAUGGGAAUGGAAUUACCGGCAGCGGAGUCAUAGGAUCUAACCAUCACCACCACCACCUCCACCAUCAGCAGCAGCAACUACAUCCACAGCAGCAGCACGGUGCCGGUUGCGCACCGCUUGGAGCUCACAGCAACCACCCGGAGAACCAGCCUCGAGCCCCAGGAAGUAACGCCUCUUCCGGCAUUCAGAGGCUGCCUUCGGUUCCCGGAGCGCACCGCAUCCCGGCGGCAGGAGCCUCUGGCGGGUCCUACCACUGCCACCCCGAUCAUGCAUACGGAGAGGAGAGCGAUAAGAGUGAGGAAAGCCCCAGUCCAAAGCGCCAGAGGCUGUCCAGUCAGUCUGUCUUGGAACAGCUAACCUCAUCCGCCCCCCCACCAUCCACUCCAUCUCCCCCAAUCCGCCCCUGGGAGUCAGGACCCCCAAGUCGGAGACAACCGCACCCCCACACACACUACCACCAGGAGAGAUGCCUCACUCCUGCUCGGCACAGACGCAGCCCGCCAGCAAGGCGACAGCGCGGCCGUCUCUCCAGACCCACCCGUCACUUGCCUCCCCAUCACCACCCCUCCACCCAAGGCCCCGCACCUCGUCUGUCACCAUCGGAGCACCAGGAUGAAAACUACCACCACAACCUCCAUCCCUCCACACACCAGACAUACCCAACCCACACGCCCAGCGCCUACGGCCAGCCUCCCACAACCGGAGGUGCGGGCGCAAGUUUGGAGGAGCCCCGAGCUUUCCACCCUCCCACCUUGUCGCCGCGACUACUGCACCCGGCUGCUCACCACCACCACCACCCCCAUCAUCAUCAUCACCAUCAUCAUCAUCAGCAACAGCAUCACGCAACGCAACAACAGCAAGGAGCCAUGGUCAUGGACUUGCAUGAACAGCUGCAGCAGGCCAGUGUACCAGUCUCCUACACAGUGACCCCAGUCCCUCCACACGGUCUCGCAGCACCUUUGUGUAGUGGCCAGCACCUUCCCCCUACCUGUUCUUCACAACAACAAGUCCCCGCCUGCAGUGUGGUCUUCAGCACUGGACAACACUACCACCCGAUGCUACCGGCGUGUUCAAUGCAACAUUUACCGGUGCCGUAUGCCUUUCCCUCGCUGCUGUCCAGUGACCCUCAGUUCCUGCUUCCACAUCCACCCCACCUCUCCCACCACCCACCCCAUCUCCCCACACCCGGACAGUUCCUGCCUUUCCAGACGCAGCAGCCACGAUCGCCCUUACAAAGGAUUGAAAAUGAGGUUGAGCUUCUAGGAGAGCAGCUUUCAGUAGGUGGAGGCUUCAGCUACGCCCACCAUCACCACCACCAUCACCACCAGCCUCCCUCCACUCUGCCGCCCUCCACCCCCCUCCAGUUCCUUUCACACCAUGACCCCCUGUCGCAGGAGCUCUUUACAGUGCCCUAUCCCCACUUUAUGCCUCGACGAUUCACAAGCCGGCGAUACCGCUCUCAGCAGGCUGUACCCCCAUCACCAUACCACCCCAGCUUCCUGCCUUACUUCCUGUCCAUGCUUCCUAUGCCCCCAAAUGUGGCCCCCACUAUCAACCUAGAGCUGGAUGUAGACGACGGAGAGGUGGAGAACUAUGAGGCCCUUUUGAACCUCGCAGAACGUCUAGGAGAGGCCAAGCCCCGUGGUCUUACUAAGGCAGAUAUAGAACAGCUUCCAUCAUACAGGUUCAACUCCAACAACCAUCAGUCUGAGCAAACACUGUGUGUGGUAUGUAUGUGUGACUUUGAGUCUCGCCAGCUCCUGAGGGUCUUGCCAUGUAAUCACGAGUUCCACGCCAAGUGUGUAGACAAGUGGCUCAAGGCUAACCGAACCUGCCCUAUCUGUCGAGCCGAUGCCUCUGAGGUCCAGCGGGAUUCCGAGUGACCUCAUAUCAACACCCUGAAUCCCCGACUCCCCUUCUUGGAUGCACCAACCAAUCAAUGAACUUCUCUCCCUCUGUCGUACGCCUCCGUUCACACAUUCUGCCACAUAACUGGGACCAGUGCUCCUAUUUCCUUUCACUCUUUGUCCCCCAGGACACUGAACAGUAACUCUCACCUGGGAUCAGCAACUUUCUACUGACUCGUGCUCACUUUAUCGCUGGACUUCCUAGGCCUUCUGUUUGGACUAUUACGCCCCUACUACUCUGCCUUCUGCUCAUGGUUACCCCUUACUAAGAAUUGCCUUUGAAACACAUACACUCAGUGUCAUGUGCAGGUGGACAUAUAUAUAUAUAUAUAUAUAUAUAUGUGUAUUUUUUUAAACGUUAUGAGCCCUCGACAGAAAGAAAGACUUUCUUUGAAAAACGUCUGUAUAGUUGUACUAACAAACAUUUAGGGAGAAUUGGCAGUCCAAAGAUUAUAAUAAUUCCAUUGUUAUUGUUCUGGUUAUGAUUAAGCAUUCACAUCUUGGCUUGCAGAGACUGUCAUUUUUACUAAACCCAUUAUAAUUGCAGUUGAACAGUAUCAGUCCAUUUUAAUAUCUUUAUGUGUAUUCUUGCAUUCCUUGGCGUGAGAGCAGUCUGUAUGGGGUGAAACAAAGAUACUGUACACUGUGUAUCAAAGAGUGAGCGACUUUGGAACAGUGAAAAAUAGACUUUAUUUUCUCUAUAUGUGUGUCUGUGUGCAAGUGUGUGCCAGUGUGUGUCCUUGGGCUUGUGUGUGUGUGUGCGUAUGCGUAUGUGUGCGUGUGUGUUACUCCUCCUGUGGUAUUUAUACAGUUCAUGUGGUACAGUGCAUUGACUUCCUUAAUCCUGUUGUUUCCACUCUACUUCAGAUAGAUUUAGACUCACUGGAAGCUGAGGGUAACUUCAGACCUUUUAUAGCCGAGAUCUGUUCAAAAAUCAAAGUUUAAAAUCAGAGUGUAGGACCAGGAACACCUCCACGGAAGUUAACAAUGCUUUUAUGUCAUGUUUCUUUCUUUUUCUUUCUAAGCCACGCAUCAUUGACACACUUCGAAUCCCAUCACUUCAUGUCUGGCCAUCUGCAUUGUUUUUGUCCCAAAUGAGUAAAGGAAACAGAUAGGGACUAUUUUUCUUUAUUUCAACACAUCCACCAAGCUCUCCCCCAAGACACAUUUAUGUGAAUAUAGUUGGAUCUUACAGGGCUGACAAGGUGGAUGCAAAACAUUCAUGAAAACUGUCACCGAAAUACUCACACAUGCUCAGUUUACUAGCUUUCUUACGGGAAUGAGGCCUUUGAAAACACGCAUCUAUAUCUGUCUUAUAUCUGCACCCAUGCAGCGUUUUGUCGGUGUUGGUAGAUAUACAUGCAAUGAUUUCUCCAUCAUUGACAGGGAACAAGUUUGAAGAGACUUAAAAGGUCACAGCUAAAUCUACUGUUUCAGCAGACGGUGGAUGUGACACUUCAGCACUUUAAUACGUAGAUUUAAGACCUACACGCUCUUUUCAUUCUGAACAAACACUGAUCAGUUUCCCACAGUCCAUGUUUGUAUGAGAACAAACAUUCAAACGCAUUAAAUACAUGUAUGUUCUCCACAUUGACUUCCAGCACCUACAGUAUCCCAGUAUGUCAGUUCCUUUAUAUUCUCACUGCACAUCUGUCUGUUUUUCAGAGUUUUUGGGGCUCAGUUUCUUCACAGUUCUUUAUCUCUGUAAGGCCCAUGUCAGCAUGUGAUAAUGUAACUCAGAGAUGUUCACCUCAUGCAAAGAGCAGGCUUUCAGUGUAAACAUGGCCGCAAGCAGCAGUCCUGGGUUCAGCAGCAGCUCAGUUGCCAAAAGCAAAGCCACAAGUAGCAGUGAAUGGGUUUCAGGCUUCAAAAAAACUGAGCAAAGUCACUUUGGCUGGCCUAAUUUUCAUUAGUUUCUCACAUAGUCGUUUCAUUAUUACAAUGUAAGCAACAUUUAAAUAAUUGCACACUUAAAGCCCCGCCCUUUGCUCUGCCUUUAUUGGAUGUGAAUGAACCUUUGGAUGCUUGUUCAGGAUGUAGUGCUGGAUGUCUCCACUGAGUUUAAUUGGGAUUCCCCCAACACAGCUUGACUUAUGGCCUAUUUCCUGCUAAGCCCUGCCCUUUGCGAAGACUUUUUGACUGAUGCCUGCCAUGUUUUUGACCGGUCUUGCUCAUUUGUAACAGAAUUGUGUAGCUCCGUCCUGCAAUGCUGGAUACCGAAUUUGUAUUGAUACAGUCAAAUCUAAAAAAGUAGAUGUCACAUUGCUGUUUUUCCCUUGUGCAAAUUAGCAACAACUCCGUAAUGGUCGCCUUUAUUGUCCGAGAGGCUUUUUGUUGAGCACAUUGAGGUGUAGAUGUUAUUCAGACUUAUGUAGUGUGGGGUGUGGUCUUUAAAAAUGUUAAAAUAUGGGUCCGCCAUCAAGCUGAUUGGGAUCAAAUUUGAUGUGAAGCACUGGGACAUCGUUUCCACCAUUGGUGCCAAGUUUUGUGUCUCUAGCUUGUUCCAGCUCACAGCAAAUUGAGCAGCACCACGAAAAAAAAAGACUAAUAGGCCAUGCCCACAUGCAAGUAUCAAAAUGACAGGUCAGAUCCUUGUUAAUACUUGUCCCCACAGAAUGUGCACAAAAUUUGGUGAAAUUCUGUCCCUUGGGUUUUGAGGUACACAGUUCUUGCAUUUGUGGCACCCUCUAUGGGUUGGGCUCGUAAUGCCUGGGUAGGCCUGUUCCCCAACACAUACUGAAGAUAUCCACCAAGAUUUAUGAUGAUGAGUUAUGGCCAAUAUCCUGCUCAUCCCUGCCCUUUGCAAAGACAUUUUGAUUGGUGUGUCCUGUGCUACUAUGAAUACUAAAUUUUCUGACACAAAAUUACAGUGGUGCUAAUUUUAUUUUAACCAUUAAACAUGGGCAGAGUAAAGUAGAUAUCACUUCACAGUGAAAUGAAACAUGUUCAGGAACAUAUACAGACAUUUAUUGACCAUUAAAAAUAGUUUUAUCACAAACUACACUCUCCCAUCUCAUCACAUGUGACAAUACAUUACCUUCCCUUCAUCCUUGCCUCCACAUGUUGACAUCUGGUACACUCUCCGGCAGUCAUCAAAGUACCAGGCAACAAAAACUGCACAAAUACUGUAUUGUAUACCAGGACCAACAAUGAUGUAAGAAGUGUUAAUUAUCUCUGGCUUAAAAUACAUUUAACGUCCACUCGAGGGGUGUGUCCAAGUGUACGUCCUGCUGGUGCAACCGAUCCACUUAAGGAACCACUUUUGUGGGCUAUGUGUGACACGUUCACUAUUUCUCUACUGCUUCCCACAGGCUCUGGUAAACAUUUAGGUGUUCAGAGUCAUCCUUUAUUUUUUGGCCUCAGGGUGGUGCUAGGGAAAGGUAAUAAAGUAUUUUAUAUCAGCUGUUUGUUUUUUUUUUCUCACAGAAGUACAUGACUUUCUCAAUGAAUUACCAGAUUGUUUUUUUUUUUUUUUUUAAUGAACUGUAUUAUUCUCAUAUGCGUUUAUCAACAUGCUGAUUGGAUAAAUCCAUAAAUGCAAAAUAAUCCAUUUAGGGAUUUAUCAAAUAAAAUCUGUAAAU